AUGGCGAAAACACCCGUUUCGGCGAAGAAACAGCGUUCAAUCAGCGCGUUUUUCACUCCUCGGCUGUCCGCAAAACCCGAAGUUCCGCCUCCAGUUGAAAAAAGCCCUUCAGAUGAACCGUCAGCUACGAGAAAGAGGCUCUCUGAGUUCCAACAUGCCUCGAACGGUGAUCUGACGAAACCUCCAAGUCCCAAAAGAGCCAAACCGACGAGCAAAGCUUCUUCUAAGGCUACCGAAAAGGCACCAGCUCUGAAAGCUAGCAAAACCAAGCUCACACCGUUGGAGAAGCAGUUUGUAGAGCUCAAGCUGGCAAAUCCAGAUAAGGUGUUGGCGAUCCAGGUGGGCUACAAGUUCAAAUUCUUUGGAAAUGACGCUGUAAUUGCCCUGCAGCUUCUUAAUAUCAUGCUUAUACGAGGAAACCUCGAAUUGGAUGAAAGAACCCAUGAUAGAUUCGCAUACUGUUCGGUUCCAGAUAACAGGCUACAUAUUCACUUGCAAAGGCUAUUGAACCAUGGAAUGAAGGUUGGCGUGGUUAAGCAAACAGAAACUGCUGCUAUCAAGUCGGCUGAAUCAAAGCUGGGCCUUUUUGAACGUAAGAUCACUGGCGUUUACACGAAAGCUACAUACAUGGGAGACGAGAUGCUUACUGGUGAUCCAAGCAUCAACAGGUCAAACCAGGUGGACGAGUCUGCCGAUGGAAACAGCUAUAUAAUGGCUGUAAACGAUGCUGACCCUAAAAAUACGGCCAUUGUGGCUGUCCAGCCAGUCACUGGAGAUAUCAUCUAUGAUGUGUUUGCGGAUAACAGUGCCAAAGACGAACUUGAGACGCGUCUUGCUUACCUUAUGCCCUCUGAGGUGCUUAUAAUAAGUGCAGCUUCGUCUGUGAGCCAUGAUGCAUCGAAGCUUAUUAAGCUUAGGAACCCAGCAGCGUCCGUCCAGUUCAGAGCACAGAAGAAACAGCUGCAAGUGCAAGCUGACUUGGAAUCAUUUUUUUCGUCAAUAGAUACUGACGGGAAAGUUUCACAUUUAACGGAGUUCUACCAGCUUAAUUACCAUGCUGCUGUCUGUUCUUGUAUCAAUGAACUUGUAAACUACCUUGCAGAGUUCCAGCUAAGCAAUAUCUUCACGAUUCCCUCGAACAUGUCGUCAUUCACAGAUUCCCGCAAGUAUAUGCUUUUACCUGCCAACACGCUACGAGCCUUGGAUAUAUUCGAAAUUGAGGAUAACCCUUCAGCACGGAAAGGCACUUUACUAUGGCUAUUGAAUCAUACAAAGACUAAGAACGGCUCUAGACUUCUCCAGAAAUGGAUCUCCAGGCCCCUUGUUAUUAAGUCAGAGAUUGAAGAACGUUUAAAUGCUGUUCAGACCCUUCGAGAUGGAAGGUUUGUCCAUAUGCUAGACGUCCUCAAAAGCACCAUUCAGAAGAUCGGAAAGGAAAACAUAGAUCUCGAUCGUCUUUUGAUCAAAGUUCACUAUUCAGCUGAGUACAUGAACGACAAGAUUGCUCGUCGAGAUGUGUAUCUCAUGCUUCGAGGGUUUAGCGAUAUUCUUGAAGUGUUUCAGAAGUUUGGAGAGAAAGGACUAGCCGAGUUCAAAGCAGCCAAUGUUUCUCCAUACCUCCAAAGUCUAUUUGAGAAGAUGUCUGACCUUUCAAAAGAACCUCAUGUUGGGGACUUGCUUGGCCUGAUCAAUUCUGCUGCAGCUAUGGAUGUCAACAAUCUUAGUGACCAAAAGAUGAAGUUCUUCAACUUGAAUCAUGAGAAAUUCGAUAGCAUUCUUCUGGAACAGGAGCAAAUCGCCAUGACUGAAUCAGAACUAGACGAGGAGUUGCGGUCCAUCAGAAGCUACUUAAAAAGACCACAGCUCCAGUACGUCACAAACCUUAAGGAUACGCAUUUGAUAGAAGUCAGGAACGGUAAAAGCGUUGACGCAUUGCCCUCUGACUGGCUAAAGAUUAGCGGUACCAAAUCUGUAUCGAGGUUCAGGCCUCCUGAAGUCGCCAGGCUACACAAAGAGCUCAGUUAUCACCAAGAUAAGCUUCUCAGGGCGUGUGACGAGUGUUUCAAUAAAUUCCUCAAAGAGAUUGAUUCUCAUUACGAGUACCUCCAUAACAUUGUCAGCCAUGCUUCUGUGUUUGACUGUCUUUUGUCCUUGGCUUCAGUUGGAGCAGACGACCAGGAGUACACGAAACCGAAGAUUGUUGACGAGCAAGUCAUUGAUAUUAAGGAGGGUAACCAUCCAAUCUUGUACGCGUUGGCUCAAAACACUACUUACGUUCCAAAUGAUGUGGACAUUUCCCAUGACCAGAACAGAGUGAUGAUCAUAACGGGUCCAAACAUGGGUGGUAAAUCAUCCUAUGUCAAACAGGUAGCUCUUUCUGUCAUCAUGGCGCAAAUUGGAGCAUUCAUUCCUUGCAAGUCAGCAACUCUAGGCGUUUUUGACUCGGUCUUCAUUCGUAUGGGAGCAUCAGAUAACAUUCUUCGAGGAAAGUCAACGUUUAUGGUUGAAAUGGCCGAGUCAGCCAACAUCAUCAACAGUUUCUCAUCGAAAUCUCUUGUUAUUCUUGAUGAGAUUGGUCGUGGUACGGGAACAAGUGAUGGUAUAGCAUUGGCUUAUUCCAUUUUACGGUACAUGAUUGAAAGUGACGAUAAGCCAUUGACGUUGUUCAUCACGCAUUACCCUUCAUUGCAUGUUUUAGAGAACGAGUUUGACAAUGUUAAGAACUUCCACAUGUCGUUUGUGGAAACACACAGAGGACAAGAUAAAGAUUGGCCAGAGGUUGUAUUCUUGUACAAGUUGGUUCAAGGCGUUAUUUCAAAUUCAUACGGUCUAAACGUCGCCAAGUUAGCAGGCAUCCCGUUGGACAAGUUGAACUUCACAACUUGA